AUGCAAAUUGACCUUGCUACAGAGAGCUCAGUCCUCCAAUUAGCUCUCAGCAGCCACCGCAUAGAUCAGGUCUCAACUCAACCAACUCGCAAUGAUCGACUGCGAACACUAUCUCUGCUGCUGAGGACAGUUGAGAAACAUGGUCAUGGACAUGGUCUAGGCAAGCAUAUAGAGUUGCAUCAAAAUAUGGGGUUGCAGAGUUAUCGAUCAUAG